GCGGAAGUGGUUCCACAGCUUCAUCCCUGUCCAACAUGUCCUCCACGCUGACCCGUCAGUAGAAGUCAGUGGGUUUGUCCGUGGAUCCUUUGCCCUCAGUUAGCUCUGAUGCUCAGGCUGCUCUAACUGUUCUGUUUCUAUGCUGCAGGACCCAGAACCGCAGCAGCAUCAUCAUCAAUGGUGUGUCUACAUCCCAGAGCCGUCACAUUCUCCUGUGUGUGCUCGAUGACCUCUGACCUCCCCGGCUGUCGUCACGGCUGCACCUGCAUGGCGUUAGCGAGGCUGGGAGGAGAGUUCUGCCAAGCUCAGCACCUGCUGCUUAUUGUGGACAAGUGAAGAGGAGGACCAGCAGCGAGGCCCUUGGCUCCGCCCACACCCAGGUCCGUACCGCCAUCCUGUCGUAUGAAGACGAGUCGACCCUCCGCCUGCCAGCCGUCCUGGAGGAGGAGAGACCUGCAGCUGCACUCCGCCCCUUUCUUCUUCUUCUUCUUCUUCUUCUUCUUCUUCUUCUUCUCUGGUUCCUCAGAGCAGUAGACCAGUUCAUUCCUCCCAGAGCAGACACAGAGUUCUCCUGGAAGAUCCUCCUCCUCUGAAGCACCAUGAACCGCCCGGCGCCGGUGGAGAUCUCCUACGACUGCCUGAGGUUCCUCAUCACGCACAACCCCACCAACGCACAGCUGGGGAAGUUCAUCGAGGACCUGAAGGCGUACGGAGUGAGCACCCUGGUGAGGGUCUGCACUGCGACCUACGAUAAAGUUCCGGUGGAACAGGAAGGGAUCCAGGUUCUGGAUUGGCCCUUUGAGGAUGGCUCCGCCCCCCCAGAGCAGGUGAUUGAUGACUGGCUGAACCUGCUGCAGGUGAAGUUCAGGGAGGAGCCUGGCGGCUGCGUGGGCGUGCACUGUGUGGCCGGACUGGGACGGUCAGUAGAACCUCUGCUGUUAGAACCUUAGCACUGAUAGCCCAGAACUCUGCAGAACCUCCAAGGUUCUGGCCCGUUUCCCCUCCUUCUGAAGCUAACUAGGCUAAUAAAGCUAACU